AUGGGUAUGGAGGCUGUUGUCUUCUCUGGAACGGAGUCCAAGAAGGGAGAAGCGUUCGGGUUUGGAGCAAAAGAGUUCUAUGCCACCAAGGGAGUUACAAAAUUCGAAGGAAUCGAGCCAGUCGACUGCAUACUAAUCACGGCCUCGGUGCUACCUGAUCUCUCGCUAAUGCUUACGCUGCAAAGAUAUCUACCGAUAUUGGCGCCGUUUGCGAAAAUCUUCCCGCUCGCCGUCAGCAUGGAUAAUAUUCCAGUCCCUGCUUUGUCGCUCGUAACGUACGGGUAUGAGGUUAUUGGUUCCGGCGGCGCUCAUCCACAAUCCGUGAAGGCGAUGUUGAGAUUCGCUGCGGUACACUCGGUCAAACCGGUCAUCGAGAAGUUUCCUAUGACACAGAAAGGCGUCACAGAUGCCAUGAAGAAGCUAGACGAAGGGAGCGUAAGAUACCGUGGCGUACUUGUGGUAUAA